AUGGCGGAUAUCACUCCCAGUCCGCCUGCGAGCAAUCUUGCCUCGCCUGAACAGCGUCCUGAUUCUCCCUCGCCGAGCGUCACGCCUUCUCUUGCACUCGACGCGGUCCCCCUACUCGAUCGUUCCGUUUCCACCCCCUCGAGCUCCGCUGGCUCGACUCUUUCGACCCGAUCUAGGAAUUCGCGAUUGUCUGAUGGAGGCGCCACCGUGGUGCGGAGGAGGGGGUAUAUGCGUCCUCAGGGGACCGCCUUUGCCGAUUCUGCAAGGAAUAGGGAUAGUGUGAUGAGCUUGGGAAGUAUUGCCCACAUGCAAUACUACUUUGCGAGAACGGGACUCUUGGAUGGGAAAGGUGCACAAUUGGCUAAGGAGCGCAAGAAGGGUUCCACGGGCGACAAGGAGAACAAGGAGCCUCCUUCGCUGAGUGGGAGUAUGUUGGAUGAGUUCAGCAUGGGGUCACUCUCGCUAUACGAUAGCAGUUCUGCGUACGCUGUCUCGGAGUCUGGAAUGGACAAUGUGGUGGAGAGCCCGACUGAGAUGCAGAUGGAUCCUGCGGUCUGGGCUUCGGAUCCAAUCAUGCUUCCGCCUACUGUGAGCACUUACAAGGUCAAACCGGAGUACACGGAGCCUGUGCCGGAUAUGCCAGUACUGAGACGAGAGCUGAAGGAAGCCCUACAGGAUGCCUGUAAGGUACUGGAAGAGUCGCAGAAGCAGGAGAACCCUUCGUCCCAGAAUGGCGAGGACAGCCAUGGCUUCGACGAGAUUCAAGGUUUACACCUCUUGGAUAUAAUCACGUUGGCUAUCCGGGCGGCGAAGAACUACUAUGUGGCUCAUACCAAUCCGCAAAAGUUGUACUCUCUGAAGGCGGAGAAAGACCUCCGAUCGGAUUUGUAUCAAGUCUUGGAUAUUCUCAAGAGAAUGGCAAGUCGCAGCUUUCGCGGCGGAAUCCGCCUGGACGAAUUGACCGCCAUCAUCAUCUGGAUCGAAGGCAUCGACAGGCUUCUGAAAAAGGAAGACGAAAUGGAACAGCAAGAAAGCGCCGAACGAGAAUCCUGGAUCUGGAGAGAAGGCGACUGGACCGGAAGAGAGCGAGAGCGAGAAUGGUGUUUCCUGAAAUCCUUCGAUCACGACGAACCAAGUCUCCCCCAAUGGCCGGAACCUCAAGCAGACACGCAGCUUCCCAACGAAUUCCUCCAAACGCUACAAGAUGGACAACGUCUCGUCAAGCUCCACAACUCUCUUGUUGCCCGUUCCAAGCGGAAGUUUCACGAGAUUAAAACAUGGCAUACCGACGUGGGGAAACCUUACCGGAUGGCGGAGAAUCUCAAGUACUGGACCAAAGCCGCCGAGUUGCGAUGGGAUAUUCAGUUGUCUGUUCCGGCGUUGGAUGUCGUGCAUGGGAAAGAUGAGACAUCGUGGCAGAAAUUCGACGAGGCUAUUUACACGUGGUGUAGGGGAGUGAGGGAGGAAUUGAUGGAGGAGUGGAGGCAGGAAGCGCAGAGCCAGGAAAGGAAACGAGCGCCGGAGUUGAAGAUCGAAGUGCCUGCGACUGAGGCGACGGAGAGUGCUGCGGAUCACGAUGUUGCUGUUGAGUGA